AUAAAUCUUAAAAAACUUACAACUAGCUAGAUAAUAAUAUAUUCGAUAUCUCCCGUCUUGUUUAUGCAAAUUUGAUUCUUCUAAUGAGCGAUCUAGAUGUACAGGGUGAUGGAUCAUACUUAUUACAGCAAUUAUGUUGCAUUAUGCAGUACAUUAGAAGGUUGAUAUUGUACUAUUCAAAGAACUCCAUGGUUACUUCAAGCCAACAAAUAAUUAUGUGAGUUAUGGACUUAUAAUUCGUAAUAACAACUUCCAGUUUUACAUUUAAACUCAUCGCGGAGAGUCCAUGUUAAUUUCGGCACUCGUUGCAGGAAAACAAAAGUGAAAAUUACAAAAGGAGCUUUCGCAAUCAUAAUCACGUCAAUUUAAAGUGCUUACUAUUGACAUUCCCAUAAUUGAUAACGGGACUAACAAUUUUUAAGUAAUUUAUCCUAGAAAACUUGGCUCAUCAUGUUCAGUCCGAAAUUCGAAGGAGAUAAGAGCGAGAAAGAAAAAAGGAAACGGUGGCUCUUCCAUGCCACGGAUUUUAUAUCCUUGAUGUAUCCUUGUUUGACCUUCUGUCGCAUUCUCGGGAUAUUCCCGUAUAAGAUCAACGCUUCGUCCUUCGAAACUUCGAAACCUUGCUUUAUUCUAUCAACUAUAGUUAUGUGUAUUUUCAGCUUUUGCACGCUGAUAAUAAUCUAUAUGGUUAUUGAAUGGUUCCGCGUGAAUGACAACAAUGUACGCAAAAUUAUUGAAAUUACCUCCUUGUACGUGUUCGGUAGUUUCAUAGUGAUCGUUACGUUCAUUUUGAGCGGUCCACGAAUGCGUUUUCUUCAAACUCUACUGAAGAUCUCUUCAAGACUACCUUCAGAAUCGUAUCAGCAGCCGUCUAUACUAAUUCACGCCAAGGACAUCCUAGGUUUCUUCUACUUACUCGUGCAAUCAUUGAUCUGUUAUUAUAAGAUGAAGGAACCUGUCAUAAUCGACGUAUUCUCAUUGUACAUCACUCUGCUAGGGUUUCUGAUGGAUAUGCUGUAUAUAAAUUGCGUUUGUGUAUUAAAGGCUUGUUUCAAGAAAAUUAACGACGAUUUGGCAAAUUUGUUCAUAAUGCACGAUGAACCGUAUUCAAUUAUGCGGAACUAUCAUGAGCAGAGAAAUCCUCUUUUGCUGAUAGAACUUAACGCCUUAGAAAAGCGACAUUUGAAACUUAGCAAUACAGUGCAGAGAUUAAAUAUAAUUUUCAGUCCGCAGCUUCUCGCAACCACAGCCAUAUCUUUCAUCACGAUUACUUUUAAACUAUACUUCAAUACGAUAGAGUGGCAUAACGGAUUGUAUAUAAAUCUGACUAAGCAAACCCACCACACUUACGUAAUGGUCUUCAUUGCGUAUUAUUUUGGAAAAAUCGUAUUAAUAGCAUGGGCCUGCCAGACCGGCAAAAAUGAAGUUAUGAAGAUUAACACUACUAUUCACGAUGCGCUUAAUAGCGUCAACGAUGAGGAAAUCAAACAUGAGUUGCAGCUGUUUUCUUUGCAAAUAAUGCAUUGUGACAACACAUUUUCCGCCAAGGGUCUCAAUCUGGAUGCGACGCUUGUCGCGACGAUGACGGCCUCCAUCACUACAUAUCUUCUAAUUUUAAUACAAUUCUUGAUCGCAUCGCAUUCUUGUGACGGAAACACUGCAAUUAAUGUUACCCAAACAGCUUAAAUCAGCACAAGCAAAAAAAAUACACAAUGGAAACUAGAUCUACUUUUCGGUAUAUUUAUUAAAGAAAUUUACUUUUAAGUAUUGAAAAUAUGUUAAAUUAUCAUUUUAAUCAAUAUCAUUGUAUGACAUAAUUAUUCGACACAUUAUAAUUGUCAAAUACGUACCUUGAAAUGCAUAUGUAUGUAUAUCUAGAUCGUCAUGUAAAAAUUAUUUAUCAUA